AUGUCGUCGCAAUUCCAAUCCUCCGGCCGGGGCGGCGCCGGCAACAUCGUCGACAGCUCCAAGACGGCGCAAAUUCAACCCGAGGACCUACAAACCCCAACACUCAAAACCUCCAUGGUAACCACAGGCCGCGGCGGGACGGGCAACUUUGCCGCGGGCCUCGACGCCGAAGAAAAGCGCCGCCGCCAGGACGUUGAACCUGUCGUCCGCCGCCCCAGCCACGGCGCUAUGCACGUCGGCCGCGGGGGCACGGGCAACGUGGUCAAGGACACCCCGAGCCCCGCGAAGUCGCCCGUCCCUACCACGGCUACGUCUGGGGCUACGGUGUCAGAGAAACCGGCAAGCCCUCCCGCUACUGCUGCUGCUGCUGCUACUGCUGCUGUGGUAGAGAGGGAGAAGAGCAGGUCGCCCGUGAGUGGGGAUUCGGGGAAGGAGGACAGCGAGGGUGAUGAUGUGGCGGUGCUGGCGCGCAGGCCUGAGGAGAUUGGGUGGGCGGAGAAGGGGAAGAAUUUGCUCUUUGGGAAGAAGUGA